AAGUCGGCACCAGAAAGUGAGGUUAUGAGCACCAAGGAAUCACCAGCAGACGCCUCCCUAACUGAGGAGAACACGGGAAUUAAGUCAAUUCUUGAGCAUAUUAAGAAACUGGAUAACUCCCUAAAUGCUAAACUAGAUAGCCAUACUAGCUCCCUUAAGGAUCUGCAAUCCGGAGUGAAUGACAUUAAGUUAAGAGUAUGCCAAAUUGAAAAGAAAACUGAGGACCAUGAGGAGAGGAUUUGCAUGCUUGAAGAGAGAAACAGCAUACUCGAAAAAGAGCUUGAAAAAUGCCAGACUUCAAUUAACCACAUGAAUGAAUACAAUAGGAAGAAUACCGUUGAGAUAUUUGGAGUACCAGCUACCAGAGAUGAAAACUUAUUUGAGAUUAUCAAAGACAUAGGAAGGGUGUGCAAUGUUUCCAUUGAGACAUCGAAUAUUGAUGCCAUUCAUAGAGACCCAAGGAAGAUAAUCAACCCUAUUGUUGUUAAGUUCGUACAGAGGGAAAAAUGUAACGAACUCAAAGCUGGUAGACAUGGGAAGAAAAUAAUGGCAAAUCAAAUAGGCUUUGAGGGCAACUCAAGAAUCUACAUCAAUGUACUACUAACUAAAGAAAAAAGCCACCUAGCCUACCAAACCAGGUCUGUAAUGAAGAAUCUCUUUCAAGUCAAAGCCCAUGUAUGGGUCGAUGAUGCUUCCAGAAUCUGGGUUAGGAAAUCCUCCCAGGACCCCAAUGAAUCCAAUAUGAAGUAUGAAAUUAAAACCGACAGAGAUAUUAAUCGUGUUGCCAGUGAAUUAGAAAAGUCAACCUAA